UUUAUUCUCGUUACAUAUCAACUGGCAGAGCGCGAAAAACCGCACUGUCGUUUAAGCCUUCACGACCGUCGUUUCUGCUUCUGAUUUUCAAUGGAAGCUUCACAACCGAACACCACCACGGACACCGCGAAUCCAAACCCUAUCCCUAACAACACCAACUCAAUACUAUCAUCCACUCCAGUGUGGCCAACAAUCGAUGGUCCACUAGGUCUAACAGAAGACGAAUCAUUAACCUACGCUCGCAGAUUUUACAAAUUCGGAUUCGCACUCUUGCCUUGGCUUUGGGCUGUCAAUUGCUUCUACUUCUGGCCUGUUCUCUUCAAUUCUCGCUCCUUCCCUCGCAUUCGCCCAUAUGUUGUUAGAUCAGCAGUUGGGUUCACUGUAUUCACAACUGUUCUUUGUUCAUGGGCCUUGACAUUUGCCAUUGGAGGAGAGCAACUCUUCGGCCCUGUAUGGUAUAAACUAGUGAUGUAUAAUGUUGCUGACAGAUUAGGCUUGACUGGUUGGAUUUAGUCAUCUGCUCUUUGAAAUUGUUAUGUCACCAUUUAUCUGUAAUGAAGUUCCUUUACAAGCAUUGUUGUCUGGUUUUGAACACAUUUCUUUAUAUUAUGUUAUUGGAACAAUUUAAAUUGCUACAUAA